ACAGUGCCUCAGUGCAGAGAACUGGUUGGGUGCAGUGAUCCCUAAAUCACAGGCUGAGGGGCCCCUGCCAUUACCUCUGCCAGGGUCCUACCACUGGGCCACCGUGAGGGGCAAGUGCCAGGCAACCAGUGUGGCCCAGGGUCCUCCUCACUGCCGGUCUCACCCCCAGAUCAGCCCCGAGGAAGAGGAGCGCCGACGAGUAAGGCGCGAGCGGAACAAGCUGGCUGCGGCCAAGUGCAGGAACCGGAGGAAGGAACUGACCGACUUCCUGCAGGCGGAGACUGACAAACUGGAAGAUGAGAAAUCUGGGCUGCAGCGAGAGAUUGAGGAGCUGCAGAAGCAGAAGGAGCGCCUGGAGCUGGUGCUGGAAGCCCACCGACCCAUCUGCAAAAUCCCCGAAGGAGCCAAGGAGGGGGACACAGGCAGUACCAGUGGCACGAGCAGCCCACCAGCCCCCUGCCGCCCUGUACCUUGUAUCUCCCUUUCCCCAGGGCCUGUGCUUGAACCUGAGGCACUGCACACCCCCACACUCAUGACCACACCCUCCCUAACUCCUUUCACCCCCAGCCUGGUCUUCACCUACCCCAGCACUCCUGAGCCCUGUGCCUCAGCUCAUCGCAAGAGUAGCAGCAGCAGCGGAGACCCAUCCUCUGACCCCCUUGGCUCUCCAACCCUCCUCGCUUUGUGAGGCACCUGAGCCCUACACCCUGCAGAUGCCACCCUAAGCAACGUCUUCUCCCCUUCCCCCACCGGUCCAGCUGGCCUGGACAGUAUCCCACAUCCAACUCCGGCAGCUUCUUCUCCAUCCCUCUAAUGAGACUGACCAUAUUGCGCUUCACAGUAGAGCCAGCUUGGGACCACCAAAGCUGCCCACUGUUUCUCUAGAACUGGCCUCUCUAGCACAAUUUGCACUAAAUCAGAGACAAAAUAUUUCCCAUUUGUGCCAGAGAAUUCCUGGCAGCCCACAGACUUUGUAGAUCCUUAGAGGUCCUCUGGAGCCCUAACCCCUUCCAGGUCACUGCCACACUAUCCAUCACCCUCUUCCUGUGAUCCACCCAACCCUACCCCCGACAGAAGGUGCCACUUUGCCCACCUAGAACACUAACUCACCAGCCCCACUGCCAGCAGCAGCAGGUGAUUGGACCAGGCCAUUCUGCCGCCCCCUCCUGAACCGCACAACUCAGGAGGUGCCCAGGGCUUCUGUGAUGAGCAGAUCUGCGGAUCUCAGCUUUGAGAAGCCUUCAGCUCCAGGGAAUCCAAGCCUCCACAGCGAGGGCAGCUGCUAUUUAUUUUCCUAAAGAGAGUAUUUUUAUACAAACCUACCAAAAUGGAAUAAAAGGCUUGAAGCUGUGGCCUGAGCGCCUCACUGGA